UGAUAGGUCCUUGAGCGCAAUCGCAGAUGCGGAAAGUACAGCGCGAGCGCGAUGCACCUUCAAUUCGAGCUUUCAGUCCUCCCCUAAGAGAAGUUACUCUUCAGUACUUCGGAUGCUACCGGAGCGCAUCGCCGGGAAGAUCGUUCUUAAAUCGAUUUCUUUUUUUUUUUUAAACGACAGAAUAUAGAUCAUUUCUUUGCUCGAUACCAUCUCGAAUCGAUAUUUCUCACGAAACGUUUAAACUCGUAAUUUUUUCUUUAAUCUCACGCGCGAUCCUAUUACGGUUAAUGAUACGGACUUUGCAGGAUCGAACGAUCGUUCCUCGAUCGGUGAAAGUUGAGUUGGCGUCAGUCGCUUAUAUCGUCGCGGUGAAAUGUGCAAAAAAAAGAAAUGUCCGUCGACGUUCGUCCUAAGUUCGAAGAGAUUUUGUUUCGAGAAGAGAAACGGGUGAUCCAUUAAAGUAUUAUUGUACACUUGGCGAUAGAAGAGGGAGAGUAAUUUUCAUUCGAGACGAUGCAAAGGAUAAUUUAAAAAUGCCAUGCAUUCGAGAAAGCUCGGAGAUCUAUGAGCAAAGAUGAACGAUAGUCGAGUAUAAAAAAAAAUGGCACCAUUCUACGGCAUGGUCCUACUGUUGCUAGGAAUCGGUUACCUGUUACACGCGGAACCAUCUCUCGGUCAUCGCGACAUAGCACAUACAGGGAUAAUCGCGGACGACGUUAGAUCGAGACGAAGAGGAGAUCACGGAUACUCGGCUGCCCUCGUACAUUUUUACGACGAACCUCUUGAAAACGAGAUGCGCAAGCAUUAUCGUACAAAAAGGCACACAUAUUUUUCCGAUGAUCUUCCUCAGAACGUGACGGUUGCCGUCGGUCAAUCCGCCGUGUUGUCGUGCCGAGUAGAGAAUUUAGAGAACAGGACCGUAUCUUGGAUGCGAAAGAAGGACGUAAGGAUCCUAACGUCCAUGGAGACGACUUAUACGGCCGACAAGAGAUUCGCUAUAAUCGGUAAAUCGCCAAAUUGGGACCUGCGAAUAGAUACCGUGCAACCCGAGGACGCUGGUAUUUACGAGUGUCAAGUUAAUACAGAGCCGAAGAUGGACAGAGCGGUCAAUUUGAAGGUCUUGGACGUACAAGCAAAGAUCCUUGGGUCCGAAGAGGUAUACGUGAAGAAGGGAAGUAAAAUCAGUUUGACCUGUACCGUCGACAUGCAGGACGUCCCACCGAGUAACGUGACUUGGUAUCACGCGGGUUCGGUCAUCGACUUUGAUAGUCCAAGGGGUGGCGUUUCUUUGGAAACCGAAAAGGGCAAGAGCUUUACCAAAAGCAUGCUGGUAAUAACGCGCGCGUUGCUCAACGACAGCGGCAAUUACACGUGCUUCUCAAAUAAGGCUGCUCCAGCUAGCGUGGUGGUUCACGUGUUGAACGGAGAACAUCCCGCGGCGAUGCAACACGGAGGCAGCGACAGUGUCAACAGAAGGAUAGUCUUAUUCCUCGCUAUCGUACUACCGAUCGUUAUAUUUCGGUGAGCGAUGCUUCCAGUGAUCUUCUAUAUAUCGAACGAACGAGACGUGUUCCUGUAACAUACAUAUACCUAAGAGGAUGGUGCGCGGAUGGAACUGUGAUCGCGAACUUCGAUGUGUACCUAAUAUGUAAAAAAUUCACUUUUCUAUCGACUUAGAAAAUUCCAUGUAAUCCACUCUACCGACCAUUGCCAUAUAGGAACACGCGCGAACACCCAGCUGACACACGUACACGAACACACACCCUCGAACACGACGCGUAUCGCAGCGUCCUAUACGAUCUUCGUGUCGCUCGUCGUCGCGAAACUCAUCGCUGUAGAUUAACGUCGAUCUAUAUCAUUGCAUGUCGAUCCUGGAAUGUAUCAUUGCUACGGCCUAAUAAAUUUCUCUGAAGUCAUAAUAUUAAAAUACAUUUUCGAAAGUCGUCGAAUCGAGAAGGAAAGUGCCAUCGCGUCUCUUUGGAGAGUUCAACGAUUUCGCGAGUCUCUCGAAACUCGAACUCGAAUUUGCAAGUUCGUCUUAUAGUCACCUAAUUACAAGGGCCUUUCCUUCUGCCGAUAAUAGCAUUAUCGUCGACGAAUCGGGGUCACGUUCCCAAUAAUGAAAGGGGAAAGGACAGGCUCGGGGUCGGAAUAUGCGUUCGUUUUCUCCCACCCUCUCCUUUCUCUCGAUCUUCGUUUGCCCGGCUCCCUCCUUCGGCCUCUUCCUGCGACCACACACGUCCCACCAGGGCCGGUACGGAUGCUGGCCUCAUUUUAUGCAAAUCACACAGAAGCAUCUGUUAGAUGCUCACCACGAAACGGAAACUCAGACACAUCGGCUAUGUAAAUUCAUGAGAUUCUCCUUGUUCCUUGCGCGAGAGACUCGUCGGAGACUUUCCCCUCUACCGGUCAAACUUUGAGCACUCUCCGCGCAAAGUAUUCUUUUAAUUUAACGUCAACGAUGUCUCGUACCGUUUAUAUAGAAACGACAUUUUUCGAAUCGCGUUACACCUUUAGGCGCAAUAGCUUUUUUUAGGAAAUCCUCUUUUACGAAGUUUCCUCGGAUUUCUUAAGCGUUGCUAGAUGGCUUAUCGUCACUUAUCGACGCUUACUGCAGUUUCCUCUUUAGUUAAUGACAUGUUGACCCAGCGCUAAUGGAUCCCGUGCGAUCUGCCUAUAAUUAGCGGAACACCAAAGACAUGCGGUCACGUUGCGUUCUCUAUGAGCGAGUUGACCGUGUAAGCUAGAUGAUCGAUAGUGUAUCAACGUCAUUGUACGACGCUUAAAAAUAUUCCCCAUGGAAAAACGCUUAAUACUUUGGCCUUUGGCUCUCGACGUGCUUUCGCCUAACCGUUGAUGCAUAAUUCAUAUCUGCUCUUUCUGUACUCCGGUAAUCAUUAGACCGUGCAGUUUUAAGGAAUGCAAAAACCGCCCACACUCUCUUACACCCUCGCCUUUAUCAUGGGGAACAUUUUUAUGCGAAAGUUCAAAAAAGCAAAGCACUCGUUUCUUUUUCUUUUUUCUGCGAUCUCUCUUUACGUUCGUUAUAAAAAGUUUUGACAAACGGAGAGACAGACGGGGAGAAGACGGAGAGAGAGACAGAGAGAGAGAGAGAGAGAGAGAGAAAAGAGAGAAAGAGAGAGAAAACACAAAAGAGGACGCAGGAUGGAAUCACGUAUGGGGUAAGGAAAAUCCAGUUGAAUUAUACAAGGAAUGCACUAUACACGCAAAUGUCUCCUUUAUUGAGGAGUUUCGCGCGUGAAGCCUCAGCGGAAAUUCGGAAGGACACGAGGCGGAAAAGGUCCGUGAAUGUAAUAAAAGUGUGUACGUGAAUAAAAUGGCACGAGUCGAAUAAGUAUGAAACGUUUUCGACAAAACUUGAAAAUCAUGGUUACCGUGCAUUUGCGCGAGCUCCGACGGUCCGAUAUUUUUUCGCUUUUUUCCUCGACUACGCGUUCUCUUCUGUUUAUUUUUAUAUGUAAACACGAACAUAAUACUCUAACCCAAUAGCGUUUCGCAAAAAAUGCUCGAUACAUUCUCUAGAAGCUUUUAUACUUCGUAUAAUAAAUCCGACAAUGCAAGAAGGCAAUAAGUGAGAGAGAGAGAGAGAGAAAAAGUAUUUUUAUUCUCGACGUUACGUGAUUGCAAUUCAGUCUAUUUCGCAGAUAAAUUAAACUAUAACCUCGUCUAUCCUUUCAUUUUAUCUGACCCUGUGAAUUAUCCUAAAGUACAUGGAAAGCACGUACGUGACAUUUCGCUGGCUUUAAAAAUGUCAGACUCGUACGCUAUAAAUGUAAUAAUCGUGGAAAUGGCCGAAAAAUUACGCGCGUAAGAUAGGCGAAAUUUGUUCUUUUUGUCUUAACGCUUUCUAUUAGCUCGAAACAAGUCGAACUUUGAUGCGUGUAAAAGCGAUUGUUAAAAACUUUUAAUAUUCCUUUAAUACAUCUACUUUUCCUUAAAAGGGUCGAUCGCGAAAUGAUUUUUUUAUCAACUUUCUCGAGACAGAGUAUUCGCGUUUAGGAGUAAGAAAAGAAAAGAAAGGAAAAAAGAAUAGAAAGGAAAAAAAGGAAAGAAAAGAAGAGGAGAGAAAAGGAAAACGGUUAUCAUCGUCGUACAAUUCAAUCGAGUGCGAGAAAGACAAAACUUUUUGUAAAGUACUUUACGAAUUUUCUAACCGUGGAAAAGAAAAGGAAGGGAAGGGGACCGAUGGUGGCUGGUUAGAGAUGACUGUACCGAACGAGAGUUUUAUCGAGUUAGUCGACGAGUUCGACGACACGUUCGCCCAACUUACUUAUGGAAGUAGAAAUAGAAAUACCCGGGAAAUCUUACGGAUUGUUUAUCGACUAGUCUCGAGAUUUCUUUGCGCUCGUUGGACUCAUUGAAUUUCUCUAAUACGAUAACGAUUUUACUUUUGCCAAUAUGAAAGACUUCUUUAUAUCUUUAAAAUGAAUUAUAACGAGCGAUUAAUUUCUAUUUCCGUACGAUUUUCUUUCGUAAUAUAAAGAAUCUCAUUUUCCAGGUAAAGUACUUUAUAGAGAUCCAUGGUUGAAAAAAGUUUCUUCCAACGUCGUCGACUAUGAGCUGCGAGUACAAACUCUCGGUCUUUUAGCGCGACUCUCUUUAUCCUUACCGAAACAAACUUUUCAAAGCGACUACUUGUUAUGACAAGGCGAUUAAAAAGUCGAGAAUUCGUGCUGUUGAAUUCAAAGAGAAUAUUUCAGAAUUGUCAGCUAACGCUCUUUGAAGAAGGAAAUGGAUUUUCUUAUUUGAAUAAUUUCUAAUGAAAUAAUUUCUAAUUUGUAUCAACGACGAGACGGUAACAAGUCGUUAAGAAUCGUACGAUUGAGAGCUAAUUUUACUUCCUUGCUCUCUUCAGGUUGUUCUUCUCGUUCGUAAAAAGUUUUUAGACGGACGUGAAUUUUUUGACAAGCGUUUAGCUAUUCGACCGUCAAUAUGAACUCGACGACCAACAAACGAAACAUUCGCUUAGUUUCGAAGCAAUCCCUGGCCAAAAACGAAGAAGGACUUCGUCAUAACAAUUCUAAAUCAGUAAUGUUGGCUUAGGUUAUGUACACGUGCUUUUUCUAACGGGCAUUGGUAUAAAAUAUAAAUCCUUGCGUAUACUUUAACGCAGGACGUUUCGUAACAAGAGUUCUUUGUCGAGAACUUGUAAAAGCUUAUGAAAUUAAAGAGGAACGCGCGUUAAGAGAUACAGGCGUCUCGUAACGAUGCGUCGGUAUCGCUUGCGAGUUUUGAUUAUUUUUCUUUUUUGUUUUCUUUUUCUCUCUUUCUCGAUAAAGUACCAAGACCGAAGAAGAACGUUCGAUUCUUCUUCGUCGAUCGAUACAAUUCCUACCUGACUAAAAUGCUCUCUUGUACGACGUCUGCAGGAUAAGAGGAAAAAUUUGUCGAAAUUGUCGAUCGUGCCCACUACGAGUCGUUUUUUAUUUCAAUUGCGAGGAAAUAAAUUAAAGGUGAGUAUCGACGAAGGUCACCGAGAAGCAGGAAGAAAUAACAACAGAGGACGCAAUC